AUGUCUGUCAAACACUACUUUCCUUCAACAAGUGCCAACUCAUUGGUUCCCAGAGGGCUGCGAGCUCUUGUAUCUGCAAAUGAUCAUCUAAGCUUGAACUAUGGUGAGCGAGUCGUUGCCAAUGCCUAUCAUGAUGAUUCAAAAGUGAGUAUCAUCAGUGGUGGAGGAUCAGGGCACGAACCAGCAUGGAGUGGCUAUGUCGGCGACGGUUUAAUCUCAGCUGUUGCAUGUGGUGAUAUUUUUGCAUCACCAAGUGCGAAGCAGAUUCUUACUGCUAUUCGAAUGGCACCCUCCAAAAAGGGUGUUAUUCUCUUGAUCACCAACUAUACCGGUGAUCGUCUUCACUUUGGCCUUGCGGCCGAAAGGGCCAAAGCCGAAGGCCUGGUUGAAAACAUUGCCAUCUUACAUGCGACUGAUGACGUUUCAAUUGGAAGAAGCAAGAAUAGCCACAUGGGAAGGAGAGGCCUCCCUGGCCAUGUCUUCACAAUGAAGAUAAUCGGUGCUGCCGCUGCGGAAGGCUACUCCUUUGAGCAAUGCCUUGCGCUUGGACAAGCCGUCAAUGGUCACACGGUCACAAUUGCCUCGGCGCUCGACCACUGCCAUGUUCCAGGUAGACAUCAACAGUCGACCGUACCAGACGAUGUGGUCGUUGUUGGUGCCGGAAUUCACAACGAGCCUGGACAACUUCACAUUUCUCCCGCCCCGUCAGUUGAAGAGAUCAUCGAGCGGUGCCUCAAGCUUCUGUGUGAUGAGACCGACACAGAAAGAGCAUUCGCCAAGUUUGAGACGAAUGAUGAAGUCGGGCUGUUGAUCAACAACUAUGGCGGUCUUUCCGUUCUUGAACUAUCUGCCCUGGCCGAUGAAAUCCAAAUCCAGUUGAACUCACGCUGGAAUAUGAAACCUUGCAGGGCCUUAUUUGGUGCAUUCGAGACGUCUCUCAACGCACCGGGCUUCUCGAUCUCCCUAUGCAAUCUUACUGCCGCAGCUCAGCAAUCGAGUGAAUCUGUCGCUACCUUGAUUCGCCAAUUUGAUAGCGCCACAACUGCCGUCUCUUGGCCCAAUACCACUCGCCCCUCUUCUUCUCAAAAGAAGAUUUCUCUCGAGGAUAUCGAUGCCCAAGAAAACGAACAAAAGGCAGCAUCUGACAGCAUUAACUUCGACUCUUCUCGACUAGAGAAGGGUUUAAGGGUUGCAUGCGAGAGAGCAAUUUCGGCCGAGCCAAAGUUGACGCAGUGGGACAUGGUCAUGGGCGAUGGUGACUGUGGUGAGGCCGUUCUAGGCCUGGCCGAAUCUAUCUUGCUCAGAGUUGAUAAAGGAUGCGCGCAAUCUGGCGAUGUACUGGAAGUCAUUCGCUCAAUUUUGCAAGACGUUGACGACAUGGGAGGAACCCUCGGUGCAAUUUUUGGAGUUCUUCUAUCAGCCCUAGCGACAGCUCUGAGGACCAAUCUGUCUCAGGGAAAGAUAAGCCCUUCGACAUCACAAUUCUAUGCCGCAGCCUUGGCAUCCGCGGUGACAGCUUUAAAGUCACACACUGGAGCACGGGAAGGAGAUAGAACUGUCAUGGAUGUUCUCCUACCCUUUGACGAAAAGUUCUCCGAGACCAAUGACUUUGUUGCUGCAGUUAAUUUAGCUUCAGAGAAGGCAGAGGCAACAAGAUAUCUCAAGGCCAAGUUUGGGCGAGCGACAUAUGUUGGAGAGGCAUCGAGCCAAGAACUGCCAGACCCGGGAGCUUGGGCAUUCUACGAGAUUGUUGCUGGAUUAGCGGAUGGACUUGGACUCGUUCCAAACUAA